AUGGCCGUGGUGGUGGACAUCAUGCGGGUGAACGUGGACAAGGUGCUGGAGCGGGACCAGAAGCUGUCCGAGCUGGACGAUCGGGCGGACGCGCUCCAGGCCGGAGCCUCCCAGUUCGAGACCAGCGCGGCCAAGCUCAAGCGCAAGUACUGGUGGAAGAACCUCAAGAUGAUGAUCAUCCUGGGGGUCAUCUGCGCCAUCGUCCUCAUCAUCAUCAUCGUCUAUUUCAGCACCUAACGCCGCCGGCCCCGCCCUGCCAGGCCCCGCCCCCCGCUGGGGCCACGCCCCCUCCAGCCCCGCCCCCCGG